AUGGAUUUCAGCGAAGCAAAAACACGAUCGAAACGAACAAGAAAGGGGGUAAAGCUUGAACAGCAAUACUCCCAUCCGCUUCAGUUCUUUCACACACCACCGACAGAUACGAUAUCUUUGCAGGAAUUUGAAGAAUACGCCGUGGAGAGGUUAAAAGUAUUGAAAGCUCUUGAUACAGCAGGUGUUCGGCAUAUCAGAGGUACUGAAAAGUAUACAGAGUUGGUAGAAAAAGAAAUAAAGAAAACAAAGUUUGGUCCUAUUUUGAGGACUGACAGAAGAGAGGAUGAAUUCCUUCGACGACUGGACCACAUUUCACACUUCAUUCUACGACUGGCCUAUUGUAGAUCGGAGGAGCUGAGGAGAUGGUUUUUGCAGCAAGAGCUGGAGUUAUUGAGACUGAGGUUCCAGAGGGAGACACCAGAGAGCAGACAAGAAUUCCUCAGAGAAAAUAAUCUAAACUACAGUCCAAUUUCUGAUGAGGAAAAAAGGGACAUAACUCCAGAGUUGAUAGCAGCAGCUGGAAGGAACACAUCACAAGCACACACACAAGAGUAUUUCAAGGUUCCAUUUGUGGAGGUACUAGACCUUAUCAGCAAGAGGAAGGUGUUCCUAAAAGAAGGAUUUGCCUAUGUGCCACGAGAGGACAUGAUCUCUAUCCUCUUGACCCACUACCGUGCACACCUGUCACAUUCAUUAGCUGUCACCUGUCGAGCCCUCCCUCAUCUGGAGGAGGAUGACAGACUACUGCCAAUGGUGUGUGGACUAAGUAAGCGCUAUGUCGGGCAAGACUAUACUUCGAAAAAGACAAAUGUUGGGCAAAUCACAGCAGAUAUGGUUGAGAUGCUCUCCAAACAGUCAUUUCCCAUGUGUAUGCAGCAGUUGCACGAGUCAAUGAGACGAGACCACCAUCUACGUCAUGGAGGUCGCCAGCAGUAUGGGCUGUUCCUAAAAGGCAUAGGGCUCUCACUCGAGGAAGCGAUGACCUUCUGGAGAAAAGAGUUCACCAAACUUAUAGAUGGUGACAAGUUUGACAAGAAUUACUCCUACAAUAUUCGCCAUAAUUAUGGUAAGGAGGGGAAGAGGGCCAACUAUACUCCCUACAGUUGUAUGAAGAUCAUCAUGUCCAAUGCUCCUGGACAGGGAGACUUCCAUGGUUGUCCAUUUAAGCAUUGUGAUGAAGCAUUACUGGCACAGAAGUUACGGGCACAAAAUUUAUCAAAGGAUUAUAUAGACAAGAUCAUGAAUGAGGUAAAGGGUGGCCACUAUGGAGUAGCAUGUACGAAACACUUCCUGGCCAGACACACAGGGGUAGAGGAACAGGAUAUUAACAGUAUAAAUCACCCUAACCAGUACUUUGAGGAGAGCCAGAGAAUACUUCGUGGGGACAAGAGGGAAGUCCUGAGACCUGUACCAAACACACCUCGCUCUCAAUAUUCAAGUCAGUCACAAGGGACACCCAAGUCUGAAAAAAUACCUGAUAGUCAGGGCACCCCUCGAAGUCAGAUGAGUGGUAUAGAGGAGAUGGAGGAGGAUGAUGACCUAAUGAUGUCCUUGGACUGUUGAAUAUUUAUACAUAUAUGUUGUGGAACUGUGACCUGAGAAAGUACAAACAGGAAAGAUAUAGAUAUUUAAUACAUAGCUGAAAUAUACUUAUGAACAUACUUUUUUUUUUAAAUCUAAAGUUUUUUAGUGACUCAUGGUAUACCGAGGUUUUUUGAUUAAUGAUUUAAUGAUGUGUUGUACGCGUUGGUAAAUAGUUACUUCCCUUUGUGGUUUAAUUAUAUCUCAGUGUUGUCGGAGAGUUGAUAACAAUGCUACCAUCGAAACAUUUAGAUAAUAUAAGGUGAAAUCUAUUCUUAUCUGGACAGGUUUAGUUCAGUUUCCAAGGAGAAGACAUUGACAAAAUUAAGCUUUACACUUAAGAGUGCUUAAAAUUGAGUUUGUAAAAUAUAAAGUAUUUAUUAUAUAACAUGUUGGUUUGAUAGAGCAUGUGUUCUGUCACUGGAGAG